GGCCAUCUUGGCGCCAAGACUGCAUGUCCCAGGCGGCGCCGCGGCGGGAGGGGCCGCCCGCCCGCCAUCUUAGCGCUCCCUCCCCCGGUGCGGCGGGAUUGAAUGAGCCGCUGCCCGCCCGCCCGCCAGCCCAGCGCCAUGUCAGGCACCCCGAGCCGCGGCACCCCCGGCGGGACCCCGCUGUCGCCGACCCGCAUCUCCCGGCUGCAGGAGAAGGAGGAGCUGCGGCAGCUCAAUGACCGCCUGGCCGUUUACAUCGACCGCGUGCGGGCGCUGGAGCUGGAAAACGACCGGCUGCUCCUCAAGAUCUCGGAGAAGGAGGAGGUCACCACCCGGGAGGUGAGUGGAAUCAAGAGUCUCUAUGAGUCUGAACUGGCUGAUGCCCGAAGAGUUCUGGAUGAAACUGCCAAAGAGAGAGCUAGAUUACAGAUUGAAAUAGGAAAACUGAGAGCAGAACUUGAGGAGUUCAAUAAGAGCUACAAGAAGAAGGAUGCAGAUCUGUCUGUGGCUCAGGGUCGCAUCAAGGAUCUGGAAGUUCUCUUCCAUAGAAGUGAAGCAGAACUCAAUACUGUCCUGAACGAGAAACGCAGUCUGGAAGCAGAGGUGGCUGAUCUACGUGCCCAGCUCGCCAAGGCUGAAGACAGUCACGCUGUGGCUAAGAAGCAGUUGGAGAAGGAGACACUUAUGCGCGUGGACCUGGAAAAUCGGUGCCAGAGCUUGCAAGAGGAUUUGGAUUUCAGAAAAAAUGUGUUUGAAGAGGAAAUCCGGGAAACGAGAAAACGCCAUGAACAUCGUUUGAUUGAGGUGGACACAAGCCGCCAGCAGGAGUAUGAAUCCAAAAUGACUCAGGCUCUGGAGGAUCUGCGAAAUCAGCACGAUGAACAAGUCAAGCUGUAUAAGAUGGAGCUGGAGCAGACCUAUCAGGCCAAGCUGGAGAAUGCCAAAUUGUCCUCUGACCAAAACGACAAAGCUGCCGGUGCAGCGCGGGAGGAGCUGAAGGAGGCUCGCAUGAGGAUAGAAGCUCUCAGCUACCAACUCUCUGGCCUCCAGAAACAGGCCAGCGCAGCAGAGGAUCGCAUCCGGGAGCUGGAGGAGAUGAUGGCUGCUGAGCGGGAGAAGUUUAGGAAGAUGCUGGAUGCAAAGGAGAGGGAAAUGACAGACAUGAGGGACCAGAUGCAGCUUCAGCUUACAGAAUACCAGGAGCUGCUUGAUGUUAAAUUAGCACUGGACAUGGAGAUCAGUGCUUACCGAAAACUCCUGGAAGGAGAAGAGGAAAGGUUGAAGCUCUCUCCAAGUCCCUCCUCCCGUGUCACAGUCUCUCGGGCUACCUCCAGCAGCAGCAGCAGCAGCACUUCCCUUGUUCGCUCUUCCCGAGGCAAGAGAAAACGCGUGGAAGCAGAGGAGCUGUCCGGCAGCGGGACAAGCGGCAUCGGCACUGGCAGUAUCAGCGGCAGCAGUAGCAGCAGUAGCUUCCAAAUGUCCCAGCAAGCUUCAGCCACAGGAAGUAUCAGCAUAGAAGAGAUAGACCUGGAAGGCAAAUACGUUCAGCUGAAAAACAACUCAGAGAAGGAUCAGUCUUUGGGUAACUGGAGGCUGAAAAGACAAAUUGGAGAUGGAGAAGAAAUUGCUUACAAAUUUACUCCUAAGUAUGUCCUCAGAGCUGGGCAGACCGUUACAAUUUGGGGUGCAGAUGCAGGUGUGUCUCACAGCCCCCCCUCUGUUCUCGUGUGGAAGAAUCAAGGCAGCUGGGGCACUGGAGGGAAUAUCCGCACUUACCUCGUCAACUCGGAAGGAGAGGAAGUUGCUGUGAGAAGCGUUACUAAAUCAGUAGUCGUGCGAGAGAAUGAAGAGGAAGAGGAUGAAGCAGAGUAUGGAGAGGAGGACCUUUUCAACCAACAGGGGGAUCCCAGAACAACCUCUAGAGGAUGCUCAGUGAUGUGAAAAAAGAAGAAAGAAACUAUUAUUUGUGCUUUUUUCCCUUCAUUUAUUUCCUUUUAUUUUUGCUAUUUUUUCCCUCCGGAGCCACUGAAAACUAUUUUUAUAUGCAUCAUCUGAUUUCUUUGAAGUUUACUCCUUGGUACAUUUUUAUAAAAAAAUUAAAAAAAAACCUUUUCUGAACAAAACUGCCAGAAUUUUUAACAGAUUUCUUUAUUUUUCCCUCUUUGUUGAAACACUAUAUUGGAAUACAAUAUUUUUCCCCACACAGAGUUUAAAGUCUUAUGUAGAAACCUAAAGCAGAAAAGAGAUUUUUUUAGCUAAAAUGAGAUGAGACUCCUUGAGUGUAUGGUAAAAAUAUAAUUAUAUAUAUAACCAGGAUAACCUCCCCAGAAAAGAAGUUCUAUGAAGUGGGUUCAUCUGCAAGGCCCUGGGAGAGAUUCACAGAGUGUUUCCUCCACAAUUGCAGCAAUGUUGCCUGGUAUCCUCAGCAAUGCCCAACUUAGGAAAAUUAGACCCCAGCUUCAUUCCAAGUGGUGUUACACAAUGGCAGUGACACAGGGAACCUGCAUUUUAGGCAUUUAGGACUCAGGACUGUGCUGUCACGUCCUGCUCCCAGGUUUGACAGCCCACUGGUAAAAUCAUCUGAGUCUGUCACCACCUGAGCUGUGUCAUCUUUCCAGAAGAGGGAAAAUGGUAGGUUCUGCUUCCUGAAUAUACACACCAUCCUAAGCUGGAAGUGUCAAACCCAGAGUCUGAACUGUUUGAUUUUCAGGGGAUUUUGCCAUUGUCUCAAGUGAGACCUUGUUAAGUUGUGGGCACAAGUUGUGAUAGUCAGUAUUUAUCAUUAAUGCUUCUGACAUAUUCAGCUUUAAACAGAUUGAUUAAGAAGUUAAACAAAUUUAUACUUUUGGCAAUGAUAAAUAGUGGGGAUUUUAAAGGUUAUCCCAUGUAAAUGUCGACUUUUUAAAUCAGAGCUAGAUGCAGCUUGUUCAUACUUCUCUUAUGUUCAAAGGGGCAUUGUCAGGUAUCCUAAGGAGCAAUAUUUGCAAAAUACUGCAGAAAUAGUUGAGUGACUUUUACAUAGUUCAGAGGCACUGCCGCUGUGCAGGACAGAAGCAUUGCUGUGCAGUGUGUUUAAGUGCUCGAGGCAAAGUCCAACAAGGAGUGAAGGGAGAAUAAUGUUUUUUAUAAAAAAUGCUUUGUAUGGGUAGCAGGUGAUUUUUAUUGCAAUGGGAUGCGUUUUGUGUCUGACAGUGUCCUUUUAGCUUAAGGUUUCUGCUGCUGCAUUUCUCUGGAGAGAAGUCUGACUCCCGUGAGGGUUCAUGUUCCUACAGUGGUGCAUCUUUAAGCACAAGGAAAAAUAUUUGACUGCUCCAAAGAAUGCACUGGCUACUGUACAAGUGAAUGUUUUUUUAACUAGUUAUUAGUAUGGAUACAAAAUUUGGAUACCAUUUGGUUCCAGUAUAGAAUCGUGUUUUUACCUGCACUCUUGAAGUCUUAUCUUGUCAUUCAAAUAGUUUAGACUCAUCAGACAAGUGACAAGGUUUGGAUGUUUUCGGUGGCUUUUGGACAUUAUGUUCUCUGAACAGUAUUGUGACUGACAGAUAUAACCUAGAAAGUCAGUUUAGUGGCUCUGACUGAUGGCUUUGUCAUGCAAGCAGGGUGGGAACAAAAGGGGCUUUAAGCUUCAGCAUUUAUUUUGCCAUUUAAAAAUCAAUCAAAGAUGCUACUUUUCUCUAAUUAAGUGGGAUGACUGAAUUGCUGAAGUUAAACUUAUUAGACAUUUAGAAUUAUGUUUUUACUCCAUUAUCAGAAGAUCCAUUACAAAAAAGCCUGAUGACGAUUUGGCUGUUUGGGCUGUGGGAUAACUCCAUUGAUGUACUUGGCCAUCUUUCUAAUGUAAUUUUCCCACUCUGCUUGAGUAGAAGAUCAAAUAUGUAGUAAAUCAUGUCUAUCUCUCUGUAAGAUGUAUCUAGUGAAAUUAUGUUUCUCAGACAUACUGUUAUAAUUAUCUUUUCUAAAUUUGUUGUUAUGCAAAUGAAUGCAAUCAAUGUAUUUUUGCAGCACACCUUCCAACCACUGGACAGCAUUUCCCUUUCUGAUCCACAGCUUCUAUAAUAUACUGACAUAGUGUUUGAGGGCUUUUUGCUUUUUCCCUAAAGAUCUGUAUUUAUUUUUUUUACAUGGGCCAGUUUUUGGACUGCUUAUUCUUUAAGAUUGUUCUGUGAUCUUAAAUACUAAAGCAAUGAGCGUGUAGUUCAUUUGCAUUUUUUCUGUGAUUUUUGUUUGUUUCCUGUAAAGAAUGGCCUCGGAAAGGCAGCUUGAAUGAGGAAAAACCUCUUGCUACCUGAGCCAUAGUUUUCUUAACAGCUACUGUAUGGGGAGUGUGUCUUCUUGUAGCCUUAAGAACUGGUGCUUGCAAGAUCUCUUGUGACGAGCACUGUGCCCUUCCGUAACAGUCUGCAGAAUUUGUCCUUGGAAUUGGAACUGUGUCCUUAAACUUUGGAAACAGUUUAUUUGAUUCUUCAAAUAAACAUUCUACCAUGUUUAGGUAUAUGCAGGUCGUACAAACCAGUGAUGGACACUGUGGGAAAGCCAGUCCGAAUGUGGAUGAUUCUGUUACCACAGUGCUUUAUAACAGGCUACUAAAAAUAUGAUAAUUAACUCCUGACUGUAGAUUACAAGACACAGAAGAACUACUGUAUUCCAUGUACUUUGUGUCUGUGCGCCUUCUCCAGCCACCAUCCUGUCCUCUUGCUUUUGAUGCUGAGCUUCAGUCUAAUGGCGCUGUCCCAGUAAAGCUGGUGCACCAGACUGGGAGGCAGUUUUGUGGCUUUAACAAAACAAAAAGCAUUGUUUCCAUUUCCCCCCCGUCUUUCAAGGAUUUUUGUUCCAUUUUCAGGAUAUUUGAAGAUUUUUGUUCAAAUCCAGUGUUCCCUUGCCCCCUUUUUCUCUU